AUGGCAGUUACUAUGUUAGUGGUUACUAUGUUAGUAGCUAGAUUACAACGUAAGUCAACGUCUCUCCAUUGCUCCUGCGCACUGUAUUCAUCGUUGCUUUUAAUUUUUCACUUGCAGGGGCGGUUAGCCUUUCGGGCACUAUUCUCUAGAAAAGUACUGCCACAAAGCUUUUCACCUCCACAGGAUAAUAAGCAGAAUGCAGAUGAGAAAGCUGAAGAUGCAUCACGAUUUGACCUUAACAGCAUGAUGUGGGGGACUUGUCCCAGUCAUCAAGUGGUGCAGAAUAACACAUUCUUGAGAAGCGAAAACCAUGGGGAAGGACUGUUGACUAUAGAGCUUGGGCAUGGGAAGCUUAAGCCUCACCGAACAGGGUUUAAGCCCUAUAAAAGGUGUUCAGUGGAGGCGAAGCAGAGCAAGGUUGUAAGUGCUGCCAGCAGCCAAGGUGAAGAGCAAUGUCCCAAGAGAAUACGGUUGGAAGGAGAGGCUUCAACUUGAUGACUGUUUGUGGACAAAUGGAUGUGCAAUUUACAAGGGAAACCUUUGUUGUUGCAUUUCAUUUUUAUUCCAGCCCCUUUUCCAGUUUCAUUUCUAGUUAAUUUGUCUAUUCUUGAAGCUCACGAAACUUGUCGUGUGGAUGUGUGUACUAUAAUGUAUUUUACAUGUACUUUUACUGUAAUCUAUGCAGAUGUACUUAAGAACUCCCCUUGAAUAGACUUAACCAUUAGAAGGAAAUGAAUGGGCCUUGUUCUGCCCUCCUCUUCCCCUCUAA